AGCACGCUGACGGCAGCGCGGAGCGCGAAGCAGAAAUCCCACGGCCCUGCGCGGCCGCCGUACGCACCGGAAGUCCCGAUGCCCCGCUUCCUGGUUCAUACAUAACCUUCUUUUGCCGCAACCUAAACCCCAGUUUCGCCUACGCAGGUGCUCCAAGCCUUCCAGGUUAAUCGGCCCCAUCUAGGUCCUCUUCGUUCAGCCCUGACUUUGCCUGUACCUUCAACGGGGGAGUGAGGACUUCAAUUCCGCCACCGCUUUACACCACUUCCGGAGUCCCUGGAAGCUUCCCGUUGCCAUGGCGACCGUGUACACAGCGGGUCGUCAGGCAGUCCGGAUUCCUCCUUGGAGUCGCUGCAGUUACAGAGGUCGCGAGUAGUGACUGAAGAUGGACCCACCUAUGGAGAUUCAGUCACCCUCAGACUUCCAGCCAUGACUCUCACCACCAACCACCAUUUAUUGAGCACCUGCUGUGUGCUGGGCGCUGUUCUGGACCUUGUGGGGGGAAUCACAAGAGAGAAAAGGCACACUCCUUGUCCUCACGCAGCUUGUAAUUUCAUUUGGGAGCUGAAGCCCACAUAAAUGAAGCGACAUAAGAACGGUAACAAGCAGUAUUUCACUAAAAUGGGUACUAGGAAAAAGGUUCAAGCGUUUGUUCGUGUCAAGCCUACUGAUGACUUUGCUCAUGACAUGAUCAAAUAUGGAGAUGACAACAAAAGCAUUGAUAUUCACUUGAAAAAAAAUACUCGGAGAGGAGUUGUCAAUAACCAGCAGACAGACUGGUCCUUCAAGCUGGAUGGAGUUCUUCAUGACGCCACCCAGGACUUGGUUUAUGAGACAGUCGCCAAGGAUGCAGUUUCUCAAGCCCUUGAUGGAUACAAUGGUACCAUCAUGUGUUAUGGGCAGACGGGAGCUGGCAAGACAUACACCAUGACGGGGGCAACUGAGAAUUACAAGCACCGGGGUAUUCUCCCUCGUGCCCUGCAGCAGGUUUUUCGGAUGAUUGAAGAGCGCCCCACACAUGCCAUCACUGUACGAGUUUCCUACUUGGAAAUCUAUAAUGAGAAUCUAUUUGAUCUCCUAUCCACUCUACCCUAUGUUGGACCCUCAGUCUCACCAAUGACCAUCGUGGAAAAUCCUCAAGGGGUCUUCAUCAAGGGCUUGUCGGUCCAUCUCACAAGUCAAGAGGAGGAUGCAUUCAGUCUCCUCUUUGAGGGAGAGACCAACAGGAUCAUCGCCUCCCACACAAUGAACAAAAAUUCAUCCAGGUCACACUGCAUUUUCACCAUCUACGUGGAGGCCCACUCUCGGACCUUAUCAGAUGAAAAGUAUAUCACUUCCAAAAUCAACUUGGUAGAUCUGGCUGGUUCAGAGAGGCUUGGGAAGACAGGGUCAGAAGGUAGAGUUCUAAAGGAAGCCACCUACAUCAACAAGUCGCUGUCGUUCCUGGAGCAGGCCAUCAUUGCCCUUGGGGACCAGAAGCGGGACCACAUCCCUUUCCGGCAGUGCAAGCUCACCCACGCCCUGAAAGACUCCUUAGGGGGAAACUGCAAUAUGGUCCUUGUGACAAACAUCUAUGGAGAGGCCGCCCAGUUAGAAGAAACGCUGUCUUCACUGAAGUUUGCCAGCAGGAUGAAGUUGGUCACUACUGAGCCUGCCAUCAACGAAAAGUACGAUGCGGAGAGAAUGGUCAAGAACUUAGAGAAGGAGCUGGCAUUGCUCAAGCAGGAAUUGGCCAUCCAUGAUAGCCUGUCCAACCGCACCCUCGUGAAUUAUGACCCCAUGGAUGAAAUCCAGAUUGCUGAAAUCAACUCCCAAGUGCGGAGGUACCUGGAGGGGACCCUGGAUGAGAUUGAUAUAAUCAAUCUAAGACAGAUCCAGGAGGUAUUCAACCAGUUCAAGGUGGUUCUGAGACCUACCCAUUGCCUGAGAAGCUCAUACUGGUUGGCAUCAGACUGGUCAUUUGACCUCGUGGAUCCUGCCCAAACCUCUAAUAUAACCCAUACCCCUUGUCCUGACCUCUCUGUCCAGGCAGGGCUUAUGGAUGCAGAAGGUCAUCUAGUAGGUGAGCCUGAUGGACAAAGCUUUGGACUUGGGGUUGCCCCUUUUUCUAUCAAACCUGGGAAGAAAAUCAAGUCCAAGAAGACAGGGAAAGAACAGAUCAGCACCUCAGCAAGAAAGGAAGGUGCCAGCAGCCCUGGGAGUGGCAAGGACCUUGAUGUAGGACCUUCUGUCUCCAAGACCCAGCUGAUCCCAUCUUCCAAAGAUGGGGAUAUCAAAGACAUGCUUUCACGAGACAGGGAGACUUCCAGCAUUGAGCCCCUUCCUUCGGACUCUCCAAAGGAAGAAUCGCGCCCAAUCAGACCCAGUACCCCACCCCCUAAGCCUGUGGCCUUUGAAGACUUUAAGAACGAACGAGGUAGUGAGAUCAACCGCAUCUUCAAAGAAAACAAAUCCAUAUUGAAUGAACGGAGGAAAAGGGCCAGCGAGACCACCCAACGCAUCAAUGCCAUCAAGCAGGAGAUUGAUGUGACCAAGGAGGCACUGAAUUUCCAGAAGUCACUACGGGAGAAGCAAGGCCAGUAUGAGAACAAAGGCCUGAUGAUCAUCGAUGAGGAGGAAUUUCUGCUGAUCCUGAAGCUCAAAGACCUGAAGAAGCAGUACCGAAAUGAGUACCAAGAACUGCGAGACCUCAGAGCUGAGAUCCAGUACUGCCAGCGCCUGGUGGAUCAGUGCCGCAAUCGCCUGCUCAUGGAAUUUGACAUCUGGUACAAUGAGUCCUUUGUCAUCCCAGAGGAGAUUCAGACAGCACUGAAGAUAGGCAGCAGUAUCCGGCCAGGCAUGGUGCCUGUCAGCAGGAUUGUGUCUCUGGGAGAAGAUGACCAGGACAGGUUCAGCCAGCUGCAGCAGACUGUACUACCCGAGGGUCCUGACUCCAUCUCCUUCUACAAUGCUAAAGUCAAGACAGAACAGAAGCACAGUUAUAUGAAAACCAUGAUUGGUCUCCCCCAGUCACACAGAAAAUAGUCUCAUCUAUAGCUUGAAGACCAGCAACUCUAGUCUGUUCUAAGGAAGCUGCUAAGCUACGCUCAGAGCUCCAGCCACUCACUCUGCUGCAAGCUGGAACCAAACCCAGAGAAUACACAAUUGCCUGCCUGCUAGGAUGAACAUCCUCCAAAGGAUAACCCUGCUUGUCUACACAGAAAUACUUUGAUUUGCUACCAUAUGUAAAACCAAUAUAAACUUACUUUCUAGUUUUAA